CUGAGGACAGGCCUCCCUAGAGAAGAGCUCCGCGGUGCCGCCACCGCUGGGCCCGUCGCUGAUAAGCCGACAUGAGUAAUUCCGGUGCAGACAGAUGGCGGCCGAUGGCCAUUUCGAAUCCAGCGACGCGGGCCGCUCGGAUAACCCGCACGAUGCCUCAGUGGGUUUUGGCACAGCAGGUGGACCGGCAGCAGGUCACAGAUCGGCCGCCAACGCCACCAAAGGUACCCCCGCCGUCCCUGUCGGGCGACUGCGGGGACCCGGACUACGAGGUCAUCGAGUUCCCGCCGCGUAGCUCCAACGGCACCUACAGCAACACCAUGAACACCGGUAAGACGGGGGUACCCCGGCCAAAGUGUUCGCUGUGCGGCCGGGAACGUGGCUCAGUGCGCUGCGACGCCUGCAACGACGUGUUCUGCGACAGUUGCGACGAGGCAAACCACAAGCACCCGAAACGCCGUAACCACGCGCGCCGCCGGCUCGUCCAGGAGAACGGGGCCUCCGUCAAGCCACCCUUGCCCCCCAAGGGCGAUACAAGGGGCCCACCUCCCGUUCCGCCUCCCAGGCGCAACCGACGGGGUAACCAGGGUAAACCAUCGUCAUCGCCAUCCCCGCAUCACCAGCAGCCGAACUUUUCCCACUUCGACGCCAACAGCGGUAGAUCCUCGACCCUAAAACGCGGCUCCACGUCGACCCUGACGAGACCGUUGCCCUCGCCGCCGACGUCUCAGCUGCCACCCCCGCCCUCGGACGCGGUCCUGAUGCAGGCGAGCCGCAAAGCCCAGGCCAUCCGGGAAGCCGCCGCGACCGGCAACACCGGCACUGACAAAAUGACGACGCUGCAGGAGAGAUACCGGAGGUACCAAGAGGCCAUGCGAGCCCAGGACGCGAACCGGCGCCGGCCAACGAUCGACGCUGCCACGCUGGCCAGGGACACGAGCAGUCCCCGGCUUCGGCACAGUCUGGCCUCACCACCACCCACCCCAGCCCGGGGCAUCGUCCAAUCGACCAGCGUCUGCGACCUCACCUCAGCCAACGUCUGGAACCCCAUGGGCAUCCAACAGGCUCAGUCGGUGGCUCAUUUGGGCGGCCCAAUGAUGUGGUACCCGGCUAAUCCCUGGGACAACCCAGCAGCCCUGGGCGGCUCGACCCUCAGCCUGAACCAGCAGCCAACCAUGUGGCCGGCCUACCCGAUGGGCUACCCGCACGUGGUGCCCUACCCCAUGCAGCCGGUUUCCCGCGGCCACAGCCCCGCACGGAGCGUCAAGUCCCGGAGGUCCAAGGCGGCCUCGCCCUCGCCGAGUCUCAAGUCGCGCAAGUCGACGGCCUCGACGCGCUCGAGGAGGAGGCGGUCGCCGAGUUCCCCUUCGGACGCCUCGUCCGAGGACUCGGGCGACUCCGACUUUGACGACAGGAUGUCCAGGAGCUCGAGGUCCUACAGGAGGGACAACGUCCGUGCCAGGAAUCACCAGGACGAGCUCGCGAGGAGCAGGAGAAGCUGGCGCUCCGAGGACAAGAUAAACAGUCUCGAGGAGCAGUGGAUCGCCAGGCAUUUUCCGGCAAACGGGCUGCCACUGGUCCGUCCCGACCCCGAGGAAGACCGUCGUUCGGUCGCCUCGACUCGCCGACCCCUGGACGAGAUCGACGACGAUCCGGGACCGCUGCCCUGCUACCCGAGGGCCGGUAGCGUCCAGGGCCGCAGCGGCCAGAGCACCGACGACUCGGCUGGACCGGCGGGGUACCAGAGGCGCCGCUCGAGGCAGAAGCCCACCAGCUCGUCCGACGACUAUCCGCCCGAGCGACACGUGGAACGGGGCGGGACGCUGCCAAGGUCCAUGGGACGCAGGCCGAGGGAGGCGAUCGCGAAGAGGGCGGACUCCGAGGAACUGGAGCAUCCAAGGACCGACAGGCGGAAGUCGGGGUCGAUCAGGGGGACCUUUGACGAGUCGGACGGCAACGUGGAGCCAAAGAGGAUCAGCUCGGCGGAGAGGUCCUGGCAGCAGAGCGGCACCACGACCAUGACAAAUCGAGCGGCAAAGUCACCGAUCCCCGAUCGGCACGGCAAUCGCGCGGCUACCGAGCAACGACGAACGGGGCAGUCGCCCAGUCCUGACGACAAGCGCGCGCCAAGGGUGCCGGAAAAAUCGGCGUCGCCGGACAAGAGAUCGAACAAAGUCCAGGAGAAGAAGCCACCAAUGUCGCCGGCUCCGAGCGACCAGAGGCGCGGCAACGAGGCCGCGCCCAAGAAAAACGGGGAACCUGCCAAAACACUCGGCGAGGUGUCGAAGGGCGAUUGGCCGUGCGAGUACUGUACGUUCCUGAACGAGGCGAAGGACAGGGUGUGCGCGGUGUGCUGCAAGACGAAGAGCAGCGCGCUGCCGCCGCCGAGGGACGAGGACGACGAGGAGCUGGCGGAGAGUCUUAGUAAGCUGGGCCUCGGGCCCGACUCGUCCAAGGCCCCGGCCAAAGAAUACAAUACGUGCGAUGAAGACGAACAGUCGGAUGUUCCACGGAUCUCGGAAUCUCCCGAGGUAACAGUAGAAGAGCCGAAACCCAUCCCCACGGAGUCGCAAACGCAGAGCACAUCGCGAGGUACGUCGCCGAUGAAAGAGUCGGAAGUACCGCAGGUUGAACACACGACGACGUCCACGGGGACUUUGGUCCAAAGUACCGAGUCCGGGGAGACGGAAACGAAGGAGCCAAAAAAAACGGUUACGAAAAACGAGGAGCGUCAUGUCGAGGUAAAAAGCGUCACCGUGUCCACGGGUACCUCGCCACCCCCACAGAGCAUUUCGACACAAACGUACGAGGACCCGAGUCUGUUGAAGGAGAGAGAAGAAUCGUUUCGAAGAGCUGCGUCUCUGGCUCCGUCGAGAAGCUCGACAAAAUACGACGACAGCGACUCAGAAGAGGGUAGAUUUCCAAGCAGCCCCGAAGGUUACGGCGGUGGCCGGUCCAGGUCCAGUCGUCGGCAGCAGUCGAACCCCAGGCGCGACAGAACUAGACGCAAUUCCCUCACCUCGCCGCAUCGUUACUUUCGUUCCCGGGAACCGAGUCAAUCUCGAUACGUGGAAACGAUGAGCAACAGCAGUGGCAGCGGAGUGACGGUCAAUCCGGGGCGGCAGAGUUUGACCCGCCAAGGCUUGGAGCUGGUCGAGGUGUUGCGAGAAGCCGAGCGCCGCGGUUAUUCGGCCGACGACAUACAAGUGGCCCUGGUCCAGGAUCCAGCGAAUCCGCUCGACUGGCUGAAGAACCAGUGGCCCCACCUUAUCGAAACCGUGCAAAUCCUCGCGACCACGAGGGGCAAGGACAUGGGCGACGGCAACGACAUUGGCACCCUCACCCCCAUCGAGUCCAAAGACGUGCUGAGACUUGCCAAGGGCGACGUGUGGAUCGCAGUUGCCAGUGCCAUUCAGCUGCGGCAAAGAAAGUGCCAAAGCAUAAUGACCAAGGGAAAAUUCACGCUCAACAGUGUCAUCGCCGCCCUCGACAACAACGCCGGGAACGAGGAGUCGGCUCUGUUGGAGUUGCAAAAGGACCAGCUGAAGCCAUUCCUCAUGAGGAUUUGGGGACCUCCGGCUGGAGUCGAGAACGAGGAGGCCGCACCGCUCGGAGCCAGAGCGAGGGACGAAGUAGCCGCGCCGGAGACUCAUGGGGAUGCCAGCGAGUCGGCCAACGAGGAGAGAGAGGCGAGGAAACAGGUAAUUCCCAUAAUCACGCGCAACGACGUGCACACAGAUUUCCAACGGCAAUUGGCCGCUCUGCGCGAGCUUACCGACAAUUUGGAGCACGACGAGGCGCUCCAGCUCAUCGGCGAGAUGAUGCAGGACAAGGCUCGAGCUGCCAACCAGUCGCCCGAGUUUACAGAGGAGAUGGAGAUUUUGAAAGGCGCCUCGGAGAGACUGGAAAGGGAGUUGACCAAAUCCUCCGGCAAAGAAGAUUCCUCCAAGUCCAAGGAACUUGAAGGUACCGACUCUGCGGAAGUUUUGGAGCUUAAUGGAGUCAUAAAUACAUCUGUUAAUGACGAAAUUACUGGAAAUGCGAGUAAUACGGUUGCCGACAAUGCGACUAUAGUUCCUAGACUUUACGAAAAUGUGCAAUUGCAAAGUGUGGAUGAGAAGCCAAAAAAUUCGGAGGAAUCGACGAAACGCAGUCCAAUGGAAGAAAACGCUCAAAUGGAAAGACGAGGAGUUGUUGCAAACGAUAGUGAUCCCGUAAAAAUUCAAGAGUGUGCGAGCACAAUAAACACUUUGAAUGAUAAUACGAAAAUCGAAAUGAAUAGAGAAUCAAUCAUUUCUGGCGAAAGCAUUACGAAAACCGGCGAUGGUCCUCAAGCGCAAACUAUUGAAAGUGCCUAUUCAGCGGAAAAUGAAAAUAAAGAUGUUGAGAUUCAUGAAAGCACAAAUGUGUCAACAAGUACCAGUGGCAAUUUCGAGAGUGUAGAGACAAAUGAAGAAACUUGCAAAUUGAACAGCGAGAAAAAAGUCUCAGAGGUGGAAACUGGUGUGGAGCAUGAAGAACUUUUAGAAAGUUUGAAAAACGAAACGGAGCAUCCCGCGGCAGUGCAACAGCUCAUGUCUGCCAUGAAAAUGAUUCCAGAACAGCUUUUAGGUCAGAUAACAGCCGCCUUAGGAAUGCUUUCCCUAAAAAAGAGCAGCGCGAUACAAGUAGAAGCGGCACCCCUUCCAAAUGUCCCUCAAGAUAACACAACUGUACAAAUAUUAGAUAAUGUAGAUAACAAUGAUGUAUCGGUAGUUUCAGUAGAGCCAUCACCUUUAGAAAAAGUAGUUAUGAAUCCUGUGACUGCACCACUUGAUACCACCAAUAAUUUCGAAACUCUAGUUUUAAAGUCGAAUGACAAUAAAGAAGAAACGGGAAAAAGUAUUGUCUUUUUUGAAAGUACAAAAUCAAAAGUUCUGAUUGAGGAAGCCAACGGAAUCGAAAUAAAUAAUAGUACAAAUAGUACAGUAAGUAAUUUAAAUGUAGCUUUGAUGAAUGAUGUUUCGAACGAUCCUAGAGAACAGAGCAAGAAAGGCGAAGAAAAUGAAGCAAUUGCUGGUAUUCAGACAAGGGAUCCGAAGGAUAGUAAUGCUAAACUAGAAAGUAACAAAGAUUUGUAUAAUACCAGUAUACGUGAUGGAUCGGACACAAGCGAAAAAAUGAUCGAUUGUGGCGACGCUACAACGCCUGCUUCAAAUGAUUCAGCCAAGCAGAUUAAACUUGAAAAAUUACCUAUUGUAAAUGUGCCGAAAAAUGAAGCUAUUAAAUUGAAGAUAUCCGAGCUCCCACCUGCACAAGUUUUAAAAGCGCAAGUUACAAAUCAACUUGAGACUGUUGUUGACAUUUCUAAACCCAAUCAGCUUACUGAAAAAGAAAUUGAAGAAACUUCAAGUGUAGCUGUAACUACUGCUAUCGCAUCUGAAAUCAUUGACGAUGAUAACGCAAAGGUAUCACCUACAAAAGAAGAUUGUACAACUUUCCUCAAAGUGCAGACGAAGCCAUCUCCAGCAGUGGAUCAAGAAAUACCGAUGGUGUCACCAAAAGGGGUAUGUACGAGUACAGUUCACAUUCAAAUAUCAAACGCAGAAAAUUUAGUGGUAGAAUCAUCAGAAAAUAACGUCUCAGCACUUGAUGCCGUUCCUGCUAUACAGAUUAAUAAUGUUUCCAUUGACGACUCGAACUUAGUAGAACCAAUAGAGGAUUCGUUAAGUCAAAUGGCGGAUGACGUCUCUUCAUCGUCCGAAGAGUUUUGUACAGUUCGCGAGGGUAGUUUUGACUCUUUGAAUAAAACCAAAUCCAACCAAUUGUACGAAGAAAUUGCUUCUUUGGAAAGGGACGCGUCUUCCAGUAAUUUGUCAUUAAGCGAAGAAGAAUCGUCCAUCAGUAAAACGUCCAACUCGUGCAAUUCAUCGGAAGAAAUCCCUGAAUCUCAGUUUGAACCGAUUGAUUUUGUAAAAGACGAGGAUUCGAAAAGUGGGUCCAUCGAAACGUUUGAAUUGAAAAUUUCCGAAGCACCUCUGGUAUCCGUCAAAGAUAGCGCUCCACCAGUUAGCAAUAGUUCAGUAAUCAUUCCCGAUAAUAAUAACUAUGACAGUGAAUGCAGCGACACGAAAGAAGACAUUUGCUCUGAAAAAUCGUUCGAUAUCGCGCCUCAUGUACAAAAAGUAAUACUUGUGCAACCAAAGUCACAAUCCAAUGAAAGUAAUUUGUCAAACGUAACAGGCGAAAAACCAUUAGGCAAACCUCGGCCAAAAUCUCCGGUGAAAAAAAUUAUAAUUGGAAGACGAUCGCCUGUGAAAUAUUUGAAAAAGGCUCCAAACCUAUUGAUAAGUAAUCCGGUGAAACCUAAAAGUCCACCGAAAAUAUUGCGCUCUCAAAAUAAACCCAUUUGCAGAUUACCGUCGAAGAUGAUACUGGAACGACACAAAAUUUUAACGAGAAUCCCGAAAACUCAUGAUUCAAAGAGUGAGUUUAAAACAAGAACGGUUGGCGUUGCUUACGGUAAAAUCCAAAUUCAAAAGUUGCCACUUGAGCAAAGAACUGCAUCUCUACCUUUGGCAAAAACUCCCACUGAAAAUAUCAACGAAAACAUCGCCGUUCAAAAUAACUCCGAUAAAUUCGACGAUAAAACUUCAGGGGGGACCCUCCCCUCGAAAAUACCAGUUUUCAAAGGGUUUAAAUUCAUUCCUGCGUCAACUGUAUCGGUUUAUUUGCAGAAACAGUUUGAUGCUAAAAUCAUAAAGCCAAACACAACAUUCAGUACCUGCAAAAAUAGUAUGUUCAAAAAGUUUCAGAGACAACAACCAGUACAAACAAAUCACAAUAAUGAAAGUAAUCAGAAACCUUCAGAAUUGAAUAACGUCCCUGAAAAACCCGUAAAUAACGAUGAAGAAGAGACAGAGAAAAUAGAUUCGCGUACGGCUGACUCGCACUCUGAAACUGAAAGUGUAGAGAUAACUGAAAAAAAGGAAAGUAAUGAUGAUAUCACUAAUCAAACUCAAGAAAAAAAAGUUAUCAGCAUGACGACCUUUGAACAAAUCAACAAACAUGAAAUCAAUAGGAAAACCGAAAAAAAUUCUCGAACGAUUUCGGAUGGAAAGUGUCAUGAACCGAUAAAACAAAGUGUUGAUUCAAUAGAUGAAUCAAAUGUAGUGGACGAAGGUAAAAGCGAAGCUUCUUUAUCUAUAAGUAGAAAAGAACUGGUGGAACAUAGUGAAGAAGAAGAAGAAGAUGAUGAAGAAGAAGGAGAUGAAGAAAGUGAAAAAGACGAAGAAAUGGAGUUCGAAGAAGAAGGACAAGAAAGUAGCGAGACUGAAAGUGAAGAAGAAUUAGAAAGUGAUGCAGAGAUGGAAGAAAGCGAUCUAGAAGUACAAGAAUUGGCUGUAAGGCAAACAUUUUUGAAAACAAAAGACUCGAACGAAUCAGAUGAAGAAGAAGAUGAUGACGAGGACGAAGAAGAAGAGGAAGGCGACGAGAAUUCUCAAAGUACGAGUAAAGAAACGAAAGUUACGAGCGAAGAAGAAAGUAACAGUGGUUCAGAUGAAGAAGAAGAAAUUAAUGCGGACAAGGAGGAAGAGUCGUCAGAAUUUGAAGAUACGGCGAAUCUCGAAUCAAACGUCGAAAAGAUGCUUGAAAAAACUUUGAACCGUAUCAAAGCUCACCUGUCGGACUACAAUACGUCGGAUGACGAAUCGGCUGCAGAAGAUUUGAAAGAGGACGACAACGAACAAGUUCCCAAAGUAGUUGCAGAACAAACUGACUUGGAAAUAACUGCAAAAUCAACUAGUUCUGACGAUACAACAGAAACCACUAAGGUUGGUAAUGAGUCAUCAUCUGCUGGUGUCACAAGCAAACAAAUUUUGCAAUCAACAGAAGAGGAAGAAAAGCAAGUGGUAACAAAAACCGUCAAGCCUCAGAAGCGUUUUUCAAUCGUGGCUAGCUGCAUCGAGCAAUUCGAAACUGAAAAGAAACCGAGGUACAAACGGCCGAAUAAAAAUGAGGAUAAAAACGCGGAGCCCAGUGGCAGCAACAGUAAGGAAUCUGCUCCCACGACUGAACGGGAGAGGGUCGCGAGACGAUUGUUGGCCGAGGGUCGGGCCGCCAGCUACGAGGAAGCCGAGGUGGCCGCGAGCCUUCUGUCCUUGAAGUUUGACGAUGAGGAGGCAAUCCAGGCGGCUAAGCAGUGCACGAGCGUCGAGGCCGCGCUCGCUUACUUACAGCAGGAAUGCGAGCUCUGCACCGGAAGGUUCUCCAUGAGUCAGAUGGUGUCGAUGUUGCGCUGCACGCACCGCUGCUGUACCGAGUGCGCGAAAAAUUACUUCACGAUCCAGAUAAGCGACCGCAGCAUAACCGACGCCGCGUGCCCGUUCUGCAAGGAGCCGGAUCUACGGGACGCCGACGAGGACGACAUACUCGAGUACUUCAGCAUCCUCGACAUACAAUUGAAGGCUCUGCUCGAUCCGCCCGUGCACGAGCUCUUUCAGCGCAAAUUGCGCGAUCGCACCCUCAUGCAGGACCCGAACUUCAAGUGGUGCGUGCAGUGCUCCAGCGGCUUUUACGCCGAUCCAAAGCACAAGCGGCUUAUCUGCCCGGAUUGCAAGUCCGUCACUUGCGCCUUUUGCCGGAGACCGUGGGAGAAACAGCACGAGGGUAUCAGUUGCCAGCAAUUCGCCGCGUGGAAGGACGAGAACGACCCCGACAACCAGGAGAAGGGCUUGGAGAAGCACCUGGCGGACAACGGUAUCGACUGUCCCAAGUGCAAGUUCAAGUACUCUCUGUCGCGGGGAGGCUGCAUGCACUUUACGUGCACCCAAUGCAAGUACGAGUUCUGUUGCGGAUGCGGCAUGCGCUUCGUGAUGGGCGCCAAGUGCGGGGUGAGCGCCUACUGCGCCAAGCUUGGACUUCACGCCCACCACCCGCGCAAUUGUUUGUUCUAUUUGCGAGACAAGGAGCCGGCGCAGCUGCAGGAGUUGCUCAAGGAGAGCGGCAUCGAGUACGACACCGAAGGGCCCCACGGGCCAAGGCGUUGUAAGGUUCAGCUGCAGAAGGAGACGCCCGCGGGGGUUGUCGAUGCCGUUUGCAGCAACGACGUGCCCGAGGGACACGCUGGACUGUGCAGGCAGCACUACAUUGAGUACCUGGCGGGCCUCGUGCUCAAGAGGCGGCUGGACCCUGUGGCGAUCUUCAACUUGAACGACGCCAAGCAGGAGUUGCGCCGUCGGGGAAAAGCCCCGCCCGCUAAGAACCAGGAAAUGUCCGAGCAAGAUUACCUCGACGCCUGCAUUCAGAUCGUGAGGAAGGAGAUUCCACUGGAGUAGAAAACCAUGCAUUCAAGAAAAUUUAUUUACACAUACAGCACUGAAAGUGAUUCCAAUGUAACCAAAGAGGCAUAAUAAAAAACACGAAAGGAUUAUGUUCACCGAUUUCCGCUACGUUUAAAGUUACGUGAUACUCAUCAAGCUUGAUUUUUAUUUACUGUACCUAUAUUUUAAGAGAUAAUAUGAGACAUACCACAACAAUUAGUAGAUAAGAACACAAGAUGCGAUGAC